AUGCUGAAACAAAUGCAGCUGCGCUGGAGCGGCCACCUGGUGCGCAUGGACGACGAGAGACUAUCCAAACGACUCUUAUACGGAGACGUCGCCAAAGGCUCUCGCCGCAAAGGAGGCCAAAUUAGUGGAUACAAGGAUACACUGAAGUCCUCCCUGAAGCAUCUGCAAAGUAACCCGACCAACUGGGAAAAGCUCGCACUCGACCGACCGACCUGGAGGAGGAAAGUGAAGACAGGCAUUGCGAUCUAUGAGGCCAACCAAAUUGCCGCUGCCAAAGUGAAACGCGACGCACGCAAAUCACAGACACGCCCCGUCCGCUACUCCGACGCACAACCGCUUCCAACGUGUCCUCGGUGUCAACGGACAUUCCGGGCCCGAAUUGGACUCAUUGGACACCUUCGGACCAGCUGCACCUCCCAUAGCGCACCAACCGCCGUCCCUCCGCCCGCCUCUUCCUCGUCCUCUCCGCCGCCAACUAACUCUGGCGAUUCUUCUGAACCACCACUUCCGUCCUCCUCCUCCUCCUCCUCCUCCUCCUCCUCCUCCUCCUCUUCUUCUGCUUCCUCCCCUCCUCCUGACCCACUGCACCAACCACGGCCGCUCUGGUGGCCGUCACCCACACCAGCAUCACACACAUCCAUGACACAACAACAGACACCAUCCCUCCAACCUCCGACUCCAGGGGUGAGGACCAGGACUACAUCUGCCCUCACUGCGACCGCACCUUCACCUCACAUAUCGGCCUGGUCAGUCACUUGCGAAUCCAUCGCACAGAGACUGACGAGCAAGUGCCAGGAGCACCAACCUACACCCACCGCACUCACCUCCACUGCCCGCACUGCCCUCGCACCUUCACGCAUCGCAUGGACCUAUUCGGCUACAUGCGCAUCCACGACGAACUGCGGCAGACAACCGCGGGCUACACCACACCACAACACCCCCUCCCUGCGCCCACCACCACCACCACCACCACCACUACCACCACACAUCAACACUCACCCACCGCAUGCACCCAACUGCCACCUCCCACGCAAGUGGGAAGUGUGCAUCUGGACUCGGUCCCCAUGCGGCUUCGGCUGCACGGGUGACUUGAGUCCGAGACUAUCCCGACACGUCAAGCGUCGUGGAUAG